AUGCUAGCGGUGCUCAUUCUCGCCGCGGUCGCACUCGCGCUUCCAUCCCAACACCCCCUCUCCCCUCCCCCUUCUUCCCCCUACCACCCACCCUCUUACCCCGCCUUCAACAUCACGCUUGAUGCGCCAGCCGGCCCCGUGCCGAGGGUAUACUUCUCUCAUGGCUCGCAUAAGCAGCACGACCCGCCCGAGGGUAUGGAGGUGUAUCCCCUCGCGGUGAGCGGCGAGGCGGGGGAGAGGGUCAACCUAGCGAUCUUUGCUGAUGGAUACACACUCUCGAACCGCACCGCCUUCCUUGCCGACGCACGCGCCCUCGCAGAAGAAAUCGUCUCAGGCAACAGCGCAAUGUCCCACGUCGCUGACCUCAUCAACGUAUGGGGCGUAUUUGUGCCCUCCACCCACAAGGGAAUCGGAAUCGACGCACCGCUCUCAGGUGCACCGUUUGGACUGUACCGCGCCGGUCGGGAAUUACGGGCUGUAUAUGUCGCACAUUCUGGAAGAGCACAUGCUGCGUGUGCGACCUUGGUCGAGUGCGACCAGCCUAUCCUGUUGGGGAACGAUGGGUUGUAUGGUGGUCUUGGGGGGACAUUUACCAUCAUCACUGCUUCUCGGCGCAACGGACCCCUCGUGCUCCGACACGAGCUGGGCCAUUCCCUUAUCCCUGUCGGGGAGGAGUACGAGGGUGGUUUCGUGUAUUCGGGCGUCAAUGCCGAUGCAGUCGAGAACGUACACCGCCUCAAGUGGAGGCAGUUCCUCAGCGACCCGGACAACGUACGGAUCGAGGACGCAAAGGUACCCUUACAGGCGUAUCCAUGGCACGACCUUGACGAGAGCAAGUAUGUCGUCCAGUUUGAGGGGAGCAACAAUGCCGACAGGAAAUAUACGACAGCGAGUUUGCGACUCUCCCUCUCCUCGAUCCCGUACGCCUCCCAUAUUCGUCUCACCCUCAACCGGGACGAGGUUGACCUCUCCCCGCAGUUCGCAGAAGACUGGGACGGCGUCCUCGACCGCCGCUGGGUACACCUCCCCCUGCCACUCGGUAUUCCUGGCGGCAAGGUGAGGAUCGAGGUAUCGCUCACGCCCAAAGGGCAGAAGGCCGAGGCCGGACAGGGUGGGAAGAUGCUCUCGUCCAUUGAGAUUGCCGAAUAUGGCGACGACUUCCAGGCCAGCGAGGGGUUCGUGGGCGCGUUCCCGACGUACGAUGAUAGUGGCGGCGUAACAUUACGUCCAACGAACGAGGACUGCCUGAUGCGUAACGUCAACCAGCCUCAUUUUUGUGUCGUGUGUGCGCACGGACUGCGGGCGAGCCUCGAGAAGAAGAUUGCCAAGAAGCGCGGGAUCUGGGGAAUAGGUCAAUGA